AUGCCUUCGCGCUGGCAGGAGUUUCUGCAGUGGACUCUGAACGUGAUAUCCUGGGGUCAAUGUGUUCUUCGCUCUGGUCGGAUCACACAGAUGGAGAUUCCUCCAAGCAGUGCUGCUGGCGUGGCGGUAUUUUUAUUGGAAAGCAAAAACUGGGAAAAUGGUAGUAACAACUACGGAACAGAUGCUACCAAACAGGCUGUUGGUGUUGAGGAGCAGGUCCCUGUUCCUGUUUAUCACCCGACUCCUAGCCAGACUCGGCUAGCAACACAGCUGACAGAAGAGGAACAAAUCAGAAUAGCGCAGAGGAUAGGCCUUAUUCAGCAUCUACCUAAAGGAGUCUAUGAUCCUGGAAGAGACGGCUCCGAGAAGAAGAUCAGAGAAUGUGUCAUUUGUAUGAUGGACUUUGUCUAUGGGGACCCUAUCCGAUUUCUGCCGUGCAUGCACAUUUACCACCUGGACUGUAUAGAUGACUGGUUGAUGAGAUCCUUUACCUGUCCAUCCUGCAUGGAGCCAGUGGAUGCAGCACUGCUUUCAUCAUAUGAGACUAACUGAGCCAGGGUUUCUCCACUGAACCUUCAAGGAGACCAUCCACUUUAAUGGGUUUGAUCCUUUUGUCAUUCAGCCCAAAGAGCCAGGAAUUAGGAAUUAAGAUCAUGCACAAAGUAUACAUUUCCUAAUAAAUAAAUAAAUAAAUAAAAUAUUCCUGAAUGGCUGCAAAUAUUGGAAAAAACAUAGUAUUUUAGAGACUAUAGAAAAGUAGGUUGUUAUUUUUAAUGUAAAGCCUUGACCCACUGUUGUCUUUUAAUGUUUGUUCUUACACCCAUAUAUAGGAAUUGUGUAAAGUGUUACAGCAACCGUAAAUGUUUAAACUGCGUGUAUCCAGUUUUAUUAGCAGCAAGAUAAGAGUAUUUUUUUCCUAAAUAAAGUAACCAGUUUUGUUCUGAUUCUUUUCACAAGUCCUGGCAUUUGGGUCAAGGCUUUAUUGAAAUCUACAUUUUAUAACACUGGCACAAAAAAAUAGUUUUAAGCUUGUUUGCACAGUUCUUUUUCUUUUUUUUUUUUCUUUUCCAUUGGAGAUGGAAUUCAUUGCCUUAGGUCUUUUUAAUAGUGUAUUGUUAUUGUUGGGCUGGCUCUAUGCUUGAAAACCAGUUUAUUUAUAACCUGUUAAAAGUGCUUUUUUGUUUGCAGUUAGGAAUAUGCAGACUUCAAAGUGAUCUCCUAGCUUGUAAGCAAACCGAGAUGCAUUAUCCCUUUUCUACAAGUGAUGUGGAAUACGAAGCUAUGAAACAAGUCCUACAGUGAAAUUACGGUUUCAUGUUUUUUAUAACUUGCUUCGGUUUUGAUGAAACAACAGUCCUUAAACUUUAAUAUGUCACCUUUAACUUGAUCAGGUUAAAAGUGGGCCAGAUGGACAAAAAAUAGUUAAGCUACCCUGACUGAAAAAAAAAAAAUCUUUGGAACUAAUGUAGUGUUAGCGUUGAUCACUUAUUCUACUUUUUUCUCCCUAAAAAUGGUUGUCUUGGAUCAUAGCAAAUGGAUACUGCAUCUCUCGUUCUUGUAGUUCUUAGGUUACCAGAAGUUAAGAAUAAACAUACUGUAUCUCAGUCUCCUGUAUUAAAUGUAUCUGUUAAGCCCUGCUGGCUGACACAUCAGUCGAUCAAACAGAUAUAAAAUCAGAUACAAGAAAAAUCUAUUUUGUUCUGCAUGUAAAUGCAAAGUUUAUAUAAACACAGGCUGUCAUACUAGCAGUUGAGGGGGAAAACAGUACUGCUAUAGCCAGAACAACACAAUUAGCUAAUUUCUGCAGCAAACAGUAUGUGCUUGUUAAGAGAUGGUCUAGCAAAGAUUGUAGCUGUAAAGACCUUUUAUCCACCUAGCAUGUUUUUUUUUCUUUUUCCUUUUUACUUUCUUUAAUGUACCCUACUGUGACUUUUAUACAUUCAACACAAUGCUGAUACAUUGAGAAGUCCCGGUCUUGCAAAAUGAGAUGCAAUCUCAAGUUAACCACAACAAAUCGGGGAAUGUUCUUGAUUGUUUUUCAUAUAUAGUUUCAGUACUUGAUACAACAAGUUGUGUUUAAAGACUCAAGUACUUUGAAGACUUAGUGUAUUUACAAUAUAGAAGAAUUGUGCAUGUUAUGGAUAAUUUUUGAAGGAUUGGUCAGCAAAAUGUAGAAUCUACAUGUUGAUUUAUUUAUUUAUUAUUCCUGCAGCUGACAGCAACCUGCUGUCUUCGAGAAGAACUCUUAAGUAGCAGUCAGAAGGAAUUGAAAGCAGUCUACAGUUCUAGAUUCACCCAAAUUGCUACACGUUUAUCUGGACACAAUUUUUUGCUGAAUUCAUACAUACCUAAUUACAUGGAUCAAAAUCUGGGAAGGGAGACCUGAAGUUGUGCAAUAUCACUGUUCCUUUUCAUCAUUC